AUGGGAGUAAGCGGGGACAUUGCUAUUGACGAUGUCAAGUUAUCCAGAGAGGCUUGUGAUCCCAUCGCAUUCUGCACAUUCGAGGAAGGUAUUUGCGGCUGGGAGAACCUUCAUGACAUCCGUAAAGCCGACUUCGACUGGCAAAGAACGAAAGCGUCAACUUCACUCAAAGUUAAGGGUCCAUCAGUUGAUCACACGAUCGGAGACCAGUCAGAUCGGCGAACUGACGUCCUUCCUCUUCUUGCUCUUUUCUUCUUCUUUUCUUCUUCUUCUUCUUGCUCUUUUCUUCUUCUUCUUCUUGCUCUUUUCUUCUUCUUCUUCUUGCUCUUUUCUUCUUCUUCUUCUUGCUCUUUUCUUCUUCUUCUUCUUGCUCUUUUCUUCUUCUUGCUCUUUUCUUCUUCUUGCUCUUUUCUUCUUCUUGCUCUUUUCUUCUUCUUGCUCUUUUCUUCUUCUUGCUCUUUUCUUCUUCUUGCUCUUUUCUUCUUCUUGCUCUUUUCUUCUUCUUGCUCUUUUCCUCUUCUUGCUCUUUUCCUCUUCUUCUUCUUGCUCUUUUCUUCUUCUUCCUCUUGCUCUUUUCUUCUUCUUCUUGCUCUUUUCUUCUUCUUGCUCUUUUCUUCUUCUUGCUCUUUUCUUCUUCUUCUUCUUCUUGCUCUUUUCUUCUUCUUCUUCUUCUUCUUUUCUUCUUCUUCUUCUUCUUUUCUUCUUCUUCUUGCUCUUUUCUUCUUCUUCUUGCUCUUUUCUUCUUCUUCUUGCUCUUUUCUUCUUCUUCUUGCUCUUUUCUUCUUCUUCUUGCUCUUUUCUUCUUCUUCUUGCUCUUUUCUUCUUCUUCUUCUUCUUGCUCUUUUCUUCUUCUUCUUCUUGCUCUUUUCUUCUUCUUCUUCUUGCUCUUUUCUUCUUCUUCUUCUUGCUCUUUUCUUCUUCUUCUUCUUCUUCUUGCUCUUUUCUUCUUCUUCUUCUUCUUCUUGCUCUUUUCUUCUUCUUCUUCUUACUCUUUUCUUCUUCUUCUUCUUCUUACUCUUUUCUUCUUCUUCUUCUUCUUCCUUCUUUUCUUCUUCUUCUUACUCUUUUCUUCUUCUUCUUGCUCUUUUCUUCUUCUUCUUCUUCUUGCUCUUUUCUUCUUCUUCUUCUUCUUGCUCUUUUCUUCUUCUUCUUCUUCUUCUUACUCUUUUCUUCUUCUUCUUCUUCUUCUUACUCUUUUCUUCUUCUUCUUCUUCUUACUCUUUUCUUCUUCUUCUUCUUCUUACCUUUUUUCUUCUUCUUCUUCUUCUUGCUCUUUUCUUCUUCUUCUUCUUGCUCUUUUCUUCUUCUUCUUCUUCUUGCUCUUUUCUUCUUCUUCUUGCUCUUUUCUUCUUCUUCUUGCUCUUUUCUUCUUCUUCUUGCUCUUUUCUUCUUCUUCUUGCUCUUUUCUUCUUCUUCUUCUUCUUGCCCUUUUCUUCUUCUUCUUCUUCUUGCUCUUUUCUUCUUCUUGCUCUUUUCUUCUUCUUGCUCUUUUCUUCUUCUUGCUCUUUUCUUCUUCUUCUCCUUCUUGCUCUUUUCUUCUUCUUCUUCUUCUUGCUCUUUUCUUCUUCUUGCUCUUUUCUUCUUCUUGCUCUUUUCUUCUUCUUGCUCUUUUCUUCUUCUUCUUCUUCUUACUCUUUUCUUCUUCUUUUUCUUCUUCUUACUCUUUUCUUCUUCUUUUUUUUCUUCUUCUUACUCUUUUCUUUUUCUUCUUCUUCUUACUCUUUUCUUCUUCUUGUUCUUUUCUUCUUCUUACUCUUUUCUUCUUCUUCUUCUUCUUGCUCUUUUCUUCAUCUUCUGGCUCUGAUGGUUUUCCGUACGAUCAAGCAAGUUAAGCAACGUCCCGAUUCUCUCUCUCUCCACUCUCUCUCCCUCCACUCUCUCUCCCUCCACUCUAUCUCUCCCUCCACUCUAUCUCUCCCUCCACUCUAUCUCUCUCCCUCCACUCUAUCUCUCUCUCUCCCUAUCUCUCUCUCUACCCUAUCUCUCUCUCUACCCUAUCUCUCCCUCCACUCUAUCUCUCUCCCUCCACUCUAUCUCUCUCCCUCCACUCUAUCUCUCUCUCUCCACUCUAUCUCUCUACUCCCGCGCCCUCUACUCCCUCUCUCUCUCUCUACUCCCGAUUUACUCUCUAUUUCUACUCCUGAUUAUCUCUCCCUCUCUCGUUCUCUCUCUCGCUCUCUCGUUCUCUCUCUCUCGUACCCCUCUCUCUCUCUCUCAUUCUCUCUCGUUCUCUGUCGUUCUCUCUCUCAUAUUCUCUGUCGUUCUCUCUCUCAUAUUCUCUGUCGUUCUCUCUCUCCGUCGUUCUCUCUCUCUCUCUCUCUCUCUGUCGUUCUCUCUCUCCGUCGUUCUCUCUCUCUCUCUCUCCGUCGUUCUCUCUCUCUCUCUCUCCGUCGUUCUCUCUCUCUCUCUCUCUGUCGUUCUCUCUCUCUCGUCAUUCUCUCUCUCUCUCUCUCUGUCGUUCUCUCUCUCUCUGUCGUUCUCUCUCUCUCUGUCGUUCUCUCUCUCUCUCUCUGUCGUUCUCUCUCUCUCUCUCUCUGUCGUUCUCUCUCUCUCUCUCUCUGUCGUUCUCUCUCUCUCUCUCUCUGUCGUUCUCUCUCUCUCUCUGUCGUUCUCUUUCUCCGUCGUUCUCUCUCUCUCUCCGUCGUUCUCUCUCUCCGUCGUUCUCUCUCUCUCUCCGUCAUUCUCUCUCUCUCUCUGUCGUUCUCUCUCUCUCUCUGUCGUUCUCUCUCUCUCUGUCGUUCUCUCUCUCCGUCGUUCUCUCUCUCUCUCUCUCUCCGUCGUUCUCUCUCUCUCUCUCUCCGUCGUUCUCUCUCUCUCUCCGUCGUUCUCUCUCUCUCUCUCCGUCGUUCUCUCUCUCCGUCGUUCUCUCUCUCUCUCUCUCUCCGUCGUUCUCUCUCUCCGUCGUUCUCUCUCUCUCUAUUCACCCCCCCCUUUGCUAAAAUUAUGCUUCCCUGUCUUUGGGUAUUCUGGAAGGAGGUAGAACGACGCCAUUUUGGAAGAAAUCCCACUACCCUGGAAAAGGAUGGAACCUUGCAAUUGCAGAUAUCGGGAAAAUUUCCAGACCAUUCAAGCCCUUGUUUCCUAGGCUGGGAUUUAGAAAGUCUCUCGCUCUCUCUCUCUCACUCUCUCUCUCUCUCUCUCUCUCUCUCUCUCUCUCUCUCUCUCUCUCUCUCUCUCUCUCUCUCUCUCUCUCUCUCUCUCUCUCUCUCUCUCUCUCUCUGA